UUGAGCAGCUUUAGAUUUUCUCUUAAAAAAAAAAAAAUAUAAUAAAAAUAAAAAAUGGAGGUUUAAGAGGAGGACUGGAGGAUAAUACCUGGGCACUCAACUAUUUGUUCUGGAGUAGCCUUUCUCCCUGAUUCAUCGCCCUUUGCAGUAGUAUCAGUUUCAGACUCUGCUUCAGAACGCAAGCCAAAUUGAGGAUUUGGGACAAUUUCAUAGUUUUCCAGAUUACCCAGAAAUUGAAUUCGGUCACUCGUUAGUUUUGUAGAAGAUCUUGUUGUGAAAAUGCCAGCAAUAGUUUCUUCGCGCUUGCUUAUUCUAGUGGGGGAGUCCUUACCAUUUGGGAGAUUGUUACAUGUUUCUAGGAAUGCUUGUUAUUAUCACCGAAAUGUGCGAUUUCUUAGUAGGUAUAGGCAUGAUAAUGGCCCUCUUACUCUUGCCACCCUCGGGUUUAGAGAUUCAAGAGCAAGUAAAGAGAGUGAAGUAGAUAAAGUUAGAGAUACAAGAACAAGUAAAGGCAGUGAAGUAGAUAGUUUUGGUCAGUUGAACCCUGCAUUUGAAGUGCCUAAACGGAAAGCUAAGACAGUUCGCGUUAAGGAAACUGUUGUGAAAGAUUGUUUAGAAAUUGAGGGAGCUCCAUUUGCUGCUAACUCGUUUACUGAGAUUGGACUUCCACCUUUGUUAUUAAAGAGAUUAGAGGAGGAAGGGUUUACAGUUCCUACUGAUGUCCAGUCGACUGCAGUUCCGACUGUUUUGAAGGGGCAUGAUGUCGUGAUCCAAUCGUACACUGGUUCUGGGAAAACACUUGCAUAUCUUCUUCCAAUACUGUCUGAAGUAGGCCCAUUAAAGAAGCAAUCUGCCACUAAAGAGGAUCCUGGAAAGAAGAAAGAUGUGGAAGCAGUUAUUGUGGCUCCUUCUAGGGAACUGGGAAUGCAAAUAGUGAGGGAGGUUGAGAAGCUCUUGGGACCUGCAGACAAGAGAAUGGUUCAACAGCUAGUAGGGGGUGCUAAUAGAUCGAGGCAGGAGGAAGCGCUUAAGAAAAAUAAGCCUGCUAUUGUUGUUGGUACGCCAGGUCGCAUAGCUGAGAUUAGUGCAGCUGGGAAGCUUCAUACCCAUGGUUGCCGGUUUUUGGUGUUAGACGAAGUAGAUGAACUUCUGGCGUAUAACUUCCGUGAAGAUAUGCACAGGAUCCUGGAACAUGUUGGAAAGAAGAGGUCAACGGUGGCCUCCCAACAUGGAAAUAGCCCCCGAGUUGAACGUCAGACCAUUAUGGUGUCUGCAACUAUGCCAAUUUCAGUAGUAAGAGCAGCUAUGAGCUGGGGAAGAGACCCACUUCUAGUCAGAGCUAAAAGUAUAAGCCCAAUUGAUUCAGCCUCAACAUCUGGCCCUGUGACCGUGGUAAACUCUAAAUCUUCAUCAGACAAGAAUUCACCAUCUCAAGCAUCAUCAGAGAGCUUACCCCCACUUCUGAAGCAUUAUUACUGCACUGCUAGGUUACAGCACAAGGUUGACACAUUGAGGAGAUGUGUCCAUGCCCUUGAUGCCAAGUUCGUUAUAGUAUUCAUGAACUUGAAUAGACAGCUGAAGGACACUGUACAUAAGUUAGAGGCUCGUGGAAUAAAUGCAGCAGAACUUCAUGGGGAUCUCAAUAAGCUCACUCGAUCAACUGUGCUUAAGAAAUUUAAAAACGGAGAGUUGAGAAUACUCGUGACAAAUGAGCUGGCUGCAAGAGGUUUAGAUAUUGCAGAAUGUGAUCUUGUUGUGAAUUUCGACUUGCCCACAGACUCAAUUCACUAUGCACAUCGAGCUGGAAGGACUGGAAGGCUUGGCAGGAAGGGUGUUGUGGUUAGCAUAUGUGAACAGCACGAAGUUUUUGUGAUGAAAAAAAUUCAAAAGCAGCUUGGGGUGGCCAUUCAUCCUUGUAAUCUUGUUGAGGGUAAACUUAUUCAAGAAGAGGAGGAGAAGCACUGAGAGAUGAAGAAAAAAAGCAAGAUGAAUUUUGUUUGUAUGCCUCUCUGUUAAGUGAGCUGAAGAAUAUUGGCUUUCAUUUAUAUGUAGUUUGUAUACGUCUUUGAAAUAUGAAGGGCUACGGUAUUUUCCUCUUCAAUUGAUAUUCCUUUCCAACAUUAUUAGGUUUUUGUGUUUAUACAGAGAAAUAUAAUAGAUUUUUAUUGAUUAA